AUGUCGUGUAGUUCUUAUAUAAAUACGUUUGGUCUAAUGGAAAGUAAAGAAUGUCAGUAUAAUCACUGUAAUUGUGAAAAUUUUACACCUUGUAUAAAUAAUCAACGUCAGUGUUCAAAAUGCAAACAUUCAUGGACAUUUCAUGCAUUAAGAAAUCUUGUCAGAUUUAUCAGUCAUUCCAAUGAAGAAACAACAUCAAAUACACCGUCGACUAGUCUAUCACAAUUUUUCAUUAUAAUUCAGUUGAUGAAUUUACUUCUAUGCAAUUGUCAUUUAAUUCCAGUUCGAAUGAAAAUUAUUUUGGAUAAGUUGACCGAAACCUACCUAACAAAAUAUCAAUUUGAACAAAUAUUGAGAAUAUUUGAUUGGUCAUUAACAGACUAUACACGUGGUUAUAGAGCAGUCAAUACUUCUGAACAACCAGUAUGGAAUAUGUGUACACUUGAUGAAGAAUAUAUAAUUCUGAAAGAAAUGAAACGUUGGCUGAAAAUCGUGCCACUUGCUGAUGAUUUAUUGGCAACUAUGAAGAAUGAUUUUCCUCAAGACAUGGAUGCAACAGAACACUUUCCUAUUACUGAUAAUGAAGAAGGCAGAGAGCUUUCAGCAUCUUCUACAUCAGUAGCUGGCAGCCAUGUAAGCCUAAAAGUGUUGUAUCCUCACACACUAGUCAUUGGUAAAUCACCAACUAAUAGAACACCUGAAUCCACUGAAUUCUCUAACUCCGCAUUACUAUCAAACCAAACGUCUAUGGAGUCACUGUCCACCCAUACACUGAGGGAUUACUUAGUAUCUACUGCUACUAAUUUUGAUAAACUUAACGAAUAUACACUUUUAUCAACAUUAGCAAAUAUUGGCCUUUAUGGAUAUUCGCCAAGAAACACAGAGGGUGACUCCAGUUAUACACUAUUCAAUAAUUCAGUUAACAAAUUUCAGUCUCAUGCGUUAAAUAAUGAAAAAUAUUCUAUAAAACCAACCAACCAGCCCAAUCAUCAUAUCAGCAAUCGGUUUAGAAAAAUAGAAAACAAAACUCUGAAAAGCGAAGUAAACGACAUCAGUAAACAAGACGUUUUACUCAGAGAUAUAAAUUCAUAUCAGUUUGAAAUUCCGGAUACAGAAAUUAAAGAGAAAUCAACUCCAAGAAAUGUUCAAAGUAUUCCUGUUACAAUUCCUGAAUACAUCAAUAAUUACUCGGUAAAACAAUCGUGUAAUCGACUUACAACAAGUCAGACAUCUAAAAAACCAGUUUCUUCUGAACAGAGGAAUAAAAAACGUGUCAUGUGUCCCAGUUGUAGAAAGACAUUUUGUGACAAGGGUGCUCUCAAAAUCCACUAUAGCGCAGUUCACUUGAAAGAAAUGCAUAAAUGUACAAUAAAUGGAUUAAAUCAGUAUACAAUGAUGAUUAUAAUAAAUAAACUGAUUGGUAUUGAAUACUGA